AUGAGCAACGAGUACGAUUAUCUGUUCAAGCUUUUGCUGAUCGGUGACUCCUCCGUUGGAAAAUCGUGCCUGCUUCUUCGAUUCGCUGAUGAUGCGUACAUUGACAGUUACAUAAGUACCAUCGGUGUUGACUUCAAAAUCAGGACGAUUGAGCAGGAUGGGAAGACUAUUAAGCUGCAAAUCUGGGAUACUGCUGGGCAGGAGCGUUUCAGGACCAUCACUAGCAGCUACUACAGAGGAGCUCAUGGAAUCAUCAUUGUGUAUGACUGUACUGAGAUGGAAAGCUUCAACAACGUGAAGCAGUGGUUGAGUGAGAUUGAUAGAUAUGCUAAUGAUACUGUUUGCAAGCUUCUUAUCGGUAACAAGAAUGAUAUGGUUGAAAGUAAAGUUGUUUCCACCGAAACUGGAAAGGCCUUAGCGGAUGAGCUUGGAAUUCCCUUUCUCGAAACCAGUGCUAAGGAUUCUAUCAACGUCGAACAAGCAUUCUUAACUAUUGCCGGCGAGAUCAAGAAGAGAAUGGGAAGCCAGCCGAAUACAAACAAGACUACUGGAACUGUGCAAAUGAAAGGUCAGCCAAUCCCACAGAACAAUGGCGGUUGCUGCGGUCAGUAG